AAUUUCCCUCCACACAUUCUAAAUAGCCUUAUCCUUUGCUAAUUUCGUAGGUCCAUCUCUCGCAACUCGACACAAUGGGAAGAAGGUCAAGAAGCAGGCACCAAUUGGAGCUCCAUAAACUACCCUCUCACUGCUUCCAUCAUUGCCUGAACAGCAGAACUCUCACACAUCAAAGCUCUUACUCCUCUUAAGGUAGCACGUCUUCUUCGCUCUUUCGUCAUUGGAAAUGCUCACGGAAUUGGGUUUUUCUCUAUCUUCUUCUCGGCUCCUCUCUGCCCAUAUCCGUAGACCCUUUAUCUCCCUCUCGUCUUCAAGACUUCAUUCAUCGCAACCGCUAUCUGCUCAUAACCCAUCUCCCCAAUUCUUUGCCCACCAACGGUUAUCGCCUCGCCGCAAGCUUUUCAUACUCUCCCCUAAGGCAACCGAUCAACAAGGCCAGGUUAAAGGAGAUGAAGUUGUUGACAGUAAAAUCUUGCCAUAUUGUAGCUUGGACAAAAAAGGGAAGAAGACGUUGGGGGAGCUUGAACAAGAGUUUCUUCAAGCGUUACAAGCAUUCUAUUAUGAGGGAAAGGCUAUUAUGUCAAAUGAAGAAUUUGACAAUCUGAAGGAAGAACUAAUGUGGGAAGGAAGUAGCGUUGUUAUGCUAAGUUCAGAUGAACAGAAGUUUUUAGAAGCUUCAAUGGCUUAUGUUGCUGGGAAACCCAUAAUGACAGAUCAGGAGUAUGACCAAUUGAAGAUAAGACUUAAGACGGAAGGGAGCGAUAUUGUCGUUGAAGGCCCACGGUGCAGCCUUCGUAGUAGAAAGGUAUAUAGUGACUUGACUGUUGACUAUUUCAAGAUGUUCCUGUUGAAUGUUCCAGCCGCCGUAGUUGCACUGACGUUGUUUUUCUUCUUGGAUGAUUUGACUGGAUUUGAGAUCACUUAUCUAUUGGAGCUUCCAGAGCCAUUCAGUUUCAUUUUUACAUGGUUUGCUGCUUUGCCCCUCAUACUUUGGAUUGCUCAAUCAAUCACAAACGUAAUUGUGAAAGACUUUUUGAUUUUAAAGGGCCCAUGUCCUAAUUGUGGUGCAGAAAAUGUCUCCUUCUUUGGGACUAUUCUAUCAGUGUCUAGUGGUGGUUCCACCAAUAACAUUAAAUGUUCAAAUUGCGGGACGGAAUUGGUAUAUGAUUCUGGAACACGCUUGAUAACAUUACCGGAGCCAAGUGAAGCUUGAGUGGAGGGUGUGGAGCUUUCUGUUAAUAUCGACCCGGUGCUGAAAUCACCUUGCAUGUAUUUGAGAAGCAUUGUCUGUGCAGCUGAAGAGUAAAGGGCGCCAAGAUUAGAUUCAUGUCAACAUUUAAGUCUGUCCAUAUGUAUGUCAAGUUGUUGAUAUGUAUAUUUGGUACAAGCUUAUUUGCUGCUAAGAUGUAUACUCGUAGUAGAAGAAUCAUCCAUAGAAUCAAGCUGUUUGUA